UUUAAUGAUAGCUAUAUUAUUAAAAAGUCAAAUUAUUUGUAAGUUACAAAUAUCUUUCUGCAUGUGAUACCUUGCAUAGUUGCAUUUUCAUUACAAAGAAAUUAUUUUUUAUUUUCAGAAUCAUAGCUUCAUUUUAAAUUAUGUAUCUUACAAAAGAGCCACUUUUUGGAAAUGGGAAAGCAAAAUUCAUUUUAGUCAAGGAUAGCAGUGAUUUAAGAGGGCUCAAAAUUUUCAAAACAUUAUUGAAAAUGUAUUGUAAAGAAAAAGCAGCUGUAGUUGUUUUAUCUUAUGAUGGCAUAGGCGAGGAUCUAAUACAUGGCGUAACUGAAAACAAGGACGAUAUUAAACUUCUAGAUAUAUUUUCAGAUUCUUAUGGUUGGUAUCAAGGAGAAAAUUUAAAUACCCUGAUGUCUGUAGAUUUUAUACCAGAAUACUUCUCUGAUUUCGAGGGUGUGCUCUGUAUUUAUUCUCUGACAUCAUUGCUCAUUCAUGAUGGCAUUGUCAAGGUUUAUAAAACCCUGCAUAAACUUCUGAAGAAUAAUGCAGAUUUGCAAAUUCUGGCUUUACUUCAUCCAUCUGUGCAUGAUCUUCAAGAAAUUGAUAUUAUUGACAAAAUGUCAUCUACCUCUCUGAAUAUUGAUUCAGACGAAGAUAAUGAAAUUUUACAAUCCAUAGUACAUAAUUCAAGUGGAAAAGUUAAUAGUUUGUCACUUGAAUAUAAAAUUUCUGAGAAUUUUGAGUUCUCGUCUCUUGUAGAUGUUCAGUUGCUGAAAAAGAAGGAAUUAGAGAAGAAGCCAGAUCCAACUGCUAAUCUCACAUUUAAUUUGAAGUUGAAGGAUGAUGAAAAGGAAGCCCGAAAUCAGCUGCAAUUGCCUUACAUGAAAAUGCAGAAUUCAGAUGAUGCUGUUAUUCAAAAUUUGCUUGAAAAUGAUUUUUAUGAUGAAGAAGAUCCAGAUGAUGAUUUAGAUAUUUAGGUUCAACAUUAAAAAAAAUGAAUGUAUAAGACUUAACUUUCUAUUAAUUUUAAACAUUUAAUUUAAACAGAAUUUUUAUAAACUUUUAUUACAUUAAAUUAAAUUUAUUUUUAUUAAGUAUAUAAAAAUUGUUCAAAAUUGCAAUGGAUUGAAUUGAAUUCCAGUGGGUUCAGUUAUUUAUGACUUUUGCUGUUAUUUCUUGCAUCAAUAAUUAUUGAAAUAUAAAAAUGCCUAUAUUUUCCAUCCUAGCUUAGAAAAAUAUUAAAUUCUAAUAAGUUUUACAAAAUGAUUUUUUGAAAAAUAAUUUAUAAAAUGGUAACAUUUAUUUGUUACAAGUUGAAAUACUAAAAAUAAAAUAAUAAACUUUAUUAUUAGAUGCUGCAUUUCACUCAUUUAUAAAAUUCUUCUUGUGAAAGAUGAAUAUAAG